AUGUUUCAGGUAAUUGACAAGCUACCAGACCUAGAGAUGGUGGUAAACACGAGAGACUGGCCACAGGUCGAUUACCGGUUUGGGAAAAAGCUACCUGUCUUUUCUUUCAGCAAGACUUCCACAUACCUAGACAUCACUUAUCCUGCCUGGACCUUCUGGGAGGGGGGGCCCGCCAUUGGUCUGUACCCCAUGGGACUCGGCAGGUGGGACUUAUUGCGAAAAUCUCUCCGCACGGCCUCAGAAAAGUGGCCCUGGGAGGUCAAGGAGAGCAAGGGAUUUUUCAGGGGUUCCCGAACAAGUGCUGAGAGAGACCCUUUAGUCUACCUUUCCCGAGAAGAACCUGACCUCGUUGAUGCUCAGUACACCAAGAACCAAGCCUGGAAAUCAGAUGCAGAUACUCUUUAUGCACCACCAGCAAGUGAAGUCCCUCUAGAAGACCACUGCCAGUACAAGUACCUGUUUAACUUCCGUGGGGUUGCAGCCAGCUUUAGGUUCAAGCACCUCUUCCUGUGUCAUUCCCUUGUAUUUCACAGCGGUGAUGAGUGGAUUGAGUUCUUCUACCCUAGGAUGAAGCCAUGGGUCCAUUACAUACCUGUCAGAGCAGAGGCAUCCAAAGAGGAAAUUAGGGAACUCCUGAAAUUUGCUAUGGAAAAUGACGAUGUAGCCAUGGCAAUAGCAGAAAGGGGCUACGAGUUCAUACGAGACCACCUCAGAAUGAAGGAUGUACUGUGCUACUGGAGGAAGCUGCUUCAGUCCUAUGCAGAACUCCUUCAGUACAAGCCAGUCAAGGAGGCAGGAGUGUAUGAAGUUAGACCUAGAAUGUAGGUUAAGUUGUGCCUGAUAACUGUAGGUCUGAUUGUGGGAUCAGUAUGAACACACUAAAUGGACCUGACUCCUUCAUUUCCGUCCAUUGAUCAAGCAUUUAGAGUAUUGAAAC